GCGUCGAUGUCAUCGAACCGACUACGGGGAUCUGGAAGGGACAGUUGUGUAACGCGAGGACGUAAAAACUCUAACCUUAAGGCUUAGAAAUAAACAAUGUCAUGUCGUCUCCUGGGCUGCGUGAAUUAUGGAUAUUUUUUUUAAUUUCUAAGGAUGCAGUUCUUUUUCAUGUUAACUGUUUCGACAAUUUUAGACUGCCUUUUAAAUAAAGUUGGGAAGAAAAUGGCGCUCAAUGCGGAAUGCCAUGAUAUGAAAUGUUGGUGAAAAAGUGUCAUGUUGACUAAGCUGGAAGGGGACGCCGCAACUUCAUCAUUUAGCUGAGAUUCAGGUCAGCAGCAGUCAUGGCUGAGGCCGGAGCUCACCUCACCUCCGGCAGUGUGAGGGAGCAGCCGUCCAUCUUUGAGGUCUUGGCUCAAGAGUCUCUGAUGGAGACAGUGAAACCAGCACUGAGACAUGCUGUCAAGGUUCUGGCAGAGUCCAACCCUUCUUGCUUUGGUUUCCUGUGGCGGCGCUUUGAUGAGUUCUACCUGCUGCUGGACGUCCUCCUGCAGAACCACUUCUUUCACUGCAGCGCCUCCUUCUCUGAGAACUUCUACGGACUGAAAAGGGUUACAGGAGGGCGGGGCCUCCCUGUUCGCCUGGGGCUCCCAAGAAAGACCCGCUGGAGGUCUCUUCUCCUCCUCUGCCUGGUGCCUUAUCUGCGGGCCAAGCUGGAGGCCAGGUGUGCGCGCCAAAGGGAAGAGGAAGACUUCUCCAUACGGCUGGCACAGAGCAGGAGCCAGAGGCUGUACCGGGCGGCGGUGGCAGCUUACCCGUAUGUCAACUCCGCUUGGCAGUCCUGGGUCUUCUGUCAGCAGCUGCUCUUUGUCUUCGGAGCGGCGCGUACCCACAGUCCUCUGCUGUGGCUGGCGAACGUCCGACUGGCUCGGCUCACCGAGCGAGAUGUCCGAGACAUGGAGCUGAACGCCAGCAAAAGUGGCAGCCCCGCUGGAGCCAGCGUGUUACAGAGGAUGUGGUGGGUGACGUCACAAGCGGCGAGGGGCGUGGCCAUCUCCCUCUCCACCUCCCUGUCCAUGGGGGUCUUCUUCUUACAGUUCCUGGAGUGGUGGUACUCCUCCGACAACCAGGCCACCGUGAAAAACCUCACCUCCCUCCCCGUGCCUCCGCCCCCCCUCCACCUGCAGACGGCCGACCACAGCGAGGGCCGUGACAAGACGUACUGUCCGCUUUGCCGGAGGCUAAGGGUAAACGCCACCGCCCUGUCCACGUCGGGCUUUGUCUUCUGUUAUCGCUGCGUCUACACGUACGUGAAAGCCAAACGCCGCUGUCCGCUCACCGGCUUCCCGACAGAGUUGCAGCACCUCAUCAAGAUCUACUCGCCAGAGAGCUAGAUCACGUGACCGACUUGGUCCAGUUCCACGUUUCAUUUAUAACAAUACAGUCGAAUGUUGAUCAAUCUAAUUAAAUAAAAUGGAGCAAGUCCAA